AUGACUACUCCAUGGUCACACAAUAGCAGAGCCAGGGCUUGGACUCACGUCGGCUACUUCAAAGGAUUUGUUCUUACCCGCGAUGCUAAACGGCUUCCUAUUAGUGUCGACAAGCUGGACAUAGGUGAGGAGGGGAAACGAGUAAGUGAAACCAAAAUGCACCGUCUGUGCUUUCCAGAGCCUGUUGGAGAGGGGACACAUGACAUGAAACAUUCACAAGCUGCUGUGACUAAGUGUCAAAAGCGGGCAAACAGUAAGGGCUGUGAAUUCAGAGAGGCACAGAGCCUAGGCCUGCUGGACCCCAAACUCUGCUUCCUGCUGGAUGGAAUCCUCUUCAUCUAUGGUGUCAUUGUCACUGCCCUGUACCUGAGAGCAAAGUUCGGCAGGAGCGCGGACGCCGCCGCGUACCCGCAGGGCCCGGGCCAGCUGUACAACGAGCUCAAUCUAGGAAGAAGAGAGGAGUACGACGUUUUGGAUAAAAGACGGGGCAGGGACCCUGAGAUGGGAGGAAAACAGCAGAGGAGGAAGAACCCUCAGGAAGGCCUGUACAAUGCACUGCAGAAAGACAAGAUGGCGGAGGCCUACAGUGAGAUUGGGAUGAAAGGCGAGCGGCGUAGAGGCAAGGGGCAUGAUGGCCUUUACCAGGGUCUCAGCACAGCCACCAAGGACACCUACGAUGCCCUCCACAUGCAGACCCUGCCCCCCCGCUAA